AUGUAUAACCUUCUGUCCAAAUUUUAUAUAUUCUCCCUUUUUUUAAUAUGUUGGAAAUGGGAGCAUUCUGACAAUGGGAAUCCACUGGGAAAGAAGGGAUUCCUCGAUAAAUCAUUUAAUAAAAGGGUUGGACGAUCACUUUUUCAAAGGCAACAUAUUGCAAAAAUGUGUCCUGAUAAUGUGACGGAGGCGGAUGUACAAUAUUAUGAAAAUGAUUUUGUGGAUCAUUACGAUGAAGAAAUGUAUGAUGAAUCAGCAACAGAAGAUAAUGUUGAUGAUUCGAUCAGUGAUAUGUAUAGUAGCACAAAUGCUGAGAUAGAGUAA